AUGGUCGAUGCUAGUUCAGCGCUGAGCCGGCAGGGCUCGGUGGCCCGUACCAACGCCAUUGCCAUGCUCAGGCGUGCAGCAUCACAAAGAGAGACCAAGGCAAGAGCAGAAACGCCUGUCGUCCCCGGAGCUUUUCCAACCGAGUCGAGUCCGCCUUUAGCCAGCAGUGGCUUUGCAACGUCUCUCAAUCAUUCGACGACCGAUGUUGGUCAGCAGUCACAGCCAACGUCCACGAGCUAUCCAGAAACCGGGCCAGGACACAAUUGGACGUCUGCGAAAGAUCCGCAAUCGGGCGACACACAUCAUCUUGAUCCUUAUCCUGUCGACAACGCGGCCGCUUCCACCUCAGCACUGCCACCACAAGCCAUGCUUACGGCUCCAUCACCCAACGACUCCAUCGAGCGCUCUCGAUCUCCCAUGUUCCUGCAAGACCGUUCCAACCCUCGCACCUUCAAUCGCUCUCCGUUGCCCUCCUUGGAGCAGCUUCGAGCCCGCAUCCUACUCGAACGAGAAUCUGCAGGACUGCAAAGAAGCGCUAGCACCAGCGCUGCCAGUCAGGCCGCACGUGCCUACGCUCUCGAGAAGCUCCUCGGCAACAGCGGCUCCGACGUCUUCUAUGAUCACACCCCUGACGGCACUCUGAUCGGUCGCGGCGCUGCGACACCGUCGCCGACUCGCAUGUCCGGCCCCGACAACGACACAACCGACAUGGCGUCCGACGACGAGUCUGCACACGAAACCAGGCUCAAGCGACAGUCGGUCAAGAAUCGACCUUCGCUCCGAAGGAGCCGUACCAUCAACGGCCUCACUGCCAUGGCAGAAGCGCAGAACAAGGCCGAUUUCGUCCAAGGCGUCUUUCUCGCUGUCCCCGGUCCUGCAUCCAAGCGCAUCUCUCGCAUUCAUCAGCGGCGUGUUGAGCGUCAGAGCAUGCUCAAGCCGGCUUCCUCCACACCCACCGAAGUACCCGUACCAGAAGAGACUGUCCAAGAGGCCGAUUCACCGCCCGCUUCCAUCGCAGAAGCAGCGUCGAGCCUAUCGCGUCAACAGUCGCAACGCCAAAUUGCGAGGACAGAGAUGAUGCGCAAGCUCAGCACCAGAGGCCGAGGCACUGCCACAUCAGCAGCUCAGCCAGCCUCGGAUCAGACUCAGGGUUCAGGUCUGGCGACCAUCGCACCCGCACCAGGCGCUCGCCUGCGAUUGCCACAAGUCAUCACCAACUCUCCCGCCGUCGACGAGAGCAUCAGUCCCGUAGGUGUCGUCAUUCGACCGCCAUCGUCUCCGAUCCCACCGCCUAUUUCGCGUCUGGAUGCGCUCGCUUCACCAACACCUGCUCCGACGUUCCGUCAAGCUCUCAGCCCGGCAAGCGCAGCAGGAAUGACCGCUCAGACCUUUGCUGCUGCCUCUCCAGAUACGCCACAGCUAGACGUGACAUCAGCAGGCCUGAAAGCCUCGUCCUCGGAUGCGUCCCUUGCGUCGCAUUAUGCACACAGCAUCGCUACCAAUGCCACGGCUCGUCAUAUCCAAGAACGGAACCGUGAAAGCGCCAUGGCGCGUCUCAGUAACGAGGACAGCUUUGCGCUCGAAGCCUCGCCGUCGGUCCCGUCCACUUCCAUCGACACCGACGCGGCGCAGAGCUCUCUUGACAGGGCAAUGGGCAGGUAUCUGGUGAACGAAGAUGACGGCGACGUGACGAUGCAGGCUUCCUCGACACAGGGUGGCUAUCAUUCCGAGGACGAUGGUGUUCACGUCGACCUCAGUAGUGAUUCUUGGAGGAGGCGUCGGGCAGGCCUCGUUGGUCUCGGAUUGGACGCAGCAGGAGCGGAUCCGGAGCAGGCAGAUCUAGUGCAGCCGCGGGUGCUAGUCGAGGAACACACUGGAUGUCCACCGACCCAGGCAUCCGGACACGGCGAGUCCGAGCGCGUCUCGGAACUACGGCAGUCCCUGUCUCGACUCAACGUGCAGCAGCCAGCAUCCCAAGACCUUCUCUCCAGUCCUGGAUCCUACACAGAUCAAGAGUCCAUGGAGGACGACGCCUUCUAUCAGCUCUACUCACCUGCUACAGGCGCCGAUGACGAAGAGGACGGUAGCGACGAAGCCGACGAUGACGAGGUUGGCCUACCUGAGAGAGAUCAAACUUCGAAGGCUGGCGAUACGCCUCACUACCCUGCUUCGGUCGAGCCGGACAGCAGCCGUCGCGUCGAUGCUGCGGUCGCGCAAAAUGCUGGAUUCUCGUCGAAAGAUGCUAGUCCCAAGCAUGUACAGCUUUCACACGACGCUGCGGAUUUCCCCACGACACCGCCUCAACGUCUCUUCCAUCGUAGCGUAGCCAGUGUGCCAAUCGACCCUUCUCCCAGCACCGAGACCGAAUUCGGCGAGACGCGCAGAACGCCUUGGAUGGGCGCAAGCCCUGGCGGGUUCAACUUGCCACUGCGUCUCUCUAAUUCGUUGAUGUCGUCAGCACACACAAUGUCGCCGGACUCGCCAAGCGGAGAUCAGAGCCAUUCCACGCGCGGUCUGGCCGAUGCCCGCAAGACCAGGGGCGACUGGCCAACGUCGAUCGCUAGCAGCGGGACCCUUCAGUUCGGGAGGGAAAGUUCGGAGAGCCGUCGCGAAGGAGACGCCCGUCAGAGGUCAUUCGAAGAGGGAAGGCACUUUCAAGCCGGGCCUGCCAUUGGCUCGCCUUUGAUGGAGGUAUCUGAGGAUGAGGCGAUGACGGAAGCAGAUCAGCGCAGUCGACAGUCAGUGGGCACGACCACAACCAACGGGCGGUUGUCGGACUUCGAGAUUCUCAACGUUACGAGCUUGCACGCAAACCCUUCUUCACGGGCUCAAGAAAUGCUCGGUUCCAGCUUUGUAGCCAAGUACGGCGACGACCUGGACCAAGAUUCUCAGGAUUCCGCUCCAAUAGGCGUAUAUCGCGGCGGCAAUCUGCUGGUCCCCGCAGCUCGCCAAUACGUUUCGUCGUCUAACACCAGCAGCAAACUCUCAAUUACUGACCUGAACGAUGCUGACGGAGAGGUGAACGACGACUACCUCCGCAAGGUCGAUCGCAUCGCGGACGAGCUUGGAAAGCUGGCUCGCACAAAUCAUCUUGCAGGCUCAAACGAAACAUCUCCCGGAAGCACGUCGGCGUCACGUACAAUCGCCAUGCCGUCAGCCCCGAAGCUCGAGCGCAGUAACACGAGCGGUAGCCGCUUCACGGAGCACAUGUCGGUCUAUUCGAUCAGCCACUCACAGCGUCCAUCGGCAGAUCUCUCAGCCCUGGCUGCAAACGAGAAGCUGCAUCCGUUUCCCGGGCUGGCCCUUGCGAGCCCGGUGCAGAGUCAGGAUGGGUUCAGUCACAUGACCGUUGCGCCAGCGCUUGCUUCUCCGGCACCCACGGGUCCACCAGUACCGCCAAAGUCGGGCCACUCGGACAACCCGGACUCGCCAUUGGCAGCUGCCGCUUCGAAGGGCGACCAGGAGGCCAACGGCAAGCAGCUGGGCCUGUUCUCAUCGAUACGCCGCAAGGCGUCGACUCUGCGAAGGACGCCUUCAUCCGCCAAGGAAAAGGAUGGGUCGAGCUUCUGGGCUCGUCGUGCAAAAAGAGAGGAAUCGCCAAAGCUACCGACCGAAGCCACUUUCAUUUCGGCACCCAUUCUGACGGAUGCGACGCCAGGCCCCGCUGCAACUGCUACACAGCCUCUCGCCACCGUCGACGUUUCACACCUUGGUGCGUCCAAUGAAUUGACUCAGCGCGAGCGGGACCAUGACGCCACAUUCGAGCAUCGAUUGCCCGGCAGACAGUGGACGGACAAGGCGGCCGCACAAGCCGACCUGCAACGCAAUGCAUCCAUCUCAUCCAUGGCUAGUGGUCGGAAUCGGACUGAACUCUACGACGUCACAGCGGAUCCCGACAGCUCAUCGUCGUCCUCUCAUUACCCUGAGAACGCGACAAGAUUGCUGGCUCCAAGCACGGAAGCCAUGAUCCACCGCUACAGCCGCAUGCUGUCAAUCGCUGGCCCGAGUCAGACAGUCCCCGGAGCAACACCAGAGGAUAUGCGAGAUCCACCGCGCAAACUGCUCGCAUCCGACCCCGUCUUCCAGGUCAUCAGCGCGACAACCAUCAAAGAUCGAUACCUUUUUCUGUUCAGCGACAUUCUAGUCAUCGCAAAGCCCGUCGCCGCUCCUGGCGCCGAAAUCGGCCAGACGUUGGGCAAGAUGAAGCAGGCGGCGGUCCUGCCUUCGCUGUCAUGGAAGUUUAGCGUCAAGAACAUCCUCGAGCUGCAUCGACUAAAGGUCAGCGUCACGAGCAACACACGCACGUCGUCAGCCAAGACUCGCGCCCAGAACCCAGUCCUUUGGGGCUUCGUCUCGCACUUUAGCAAGCAUCCGGAUGCCGCCGUGCGGGCACUCGUCGCCAAGACGGGCUUGGAACCCACGCCUGCAUCCAUCGCGCAGCUUCUGUACCAGACUCCAGAACUCGACCGACACGAUCUGACGCAGUACCUCACCCACCCAUCGCGACGAGAGAUCCUCAAGGCGUACGUCUCGCAGCAUCGCCACGUCGGCGUGUCCAUCGAGUCUGCGCUGCGCACCCUGCUGCUCGACCUGCGCUUCCCCACCGACCUCGACGCGUUCGAGGCGCUGCUGAUGCACUUUGCGCAGAGCUGGACGCAGCACAAUGCCUCGAUGAUCAAGCCCACCUUCACCGCCCAGAUUGCGUCCGACCUGGUGUUUGCGAUCAUGGCGCUCAACGAUGCGCUGCACACCGACUCGCCCGCUGGUCCUGCCUCGGAGACGGCGCCGAAUUUCCCGCGUCCUGCAACGGUCGACACACCUGGUCUGUUCAGCGCGCCAUGCCCGGAGCUAUCCAAGGCCGAUUUUGUCAGCGUCUUCCGCCAACACGACCCACACGAAGUCCUAUCGGACCGUACACUCAGCCGCAUCUACCUGUCCAUCCGCUCGGAACCGCUCGUGCAGGCGUUGGACCGGUUCGAGCCGCGCUUCGCCAUCCGCGUCAAAGAUGGCAAACUCCCUACACGUCUGACGUACGCGCAACCCGCCGAGCCCGUAACGCUCGUGAUCCCCGCUCCGGACCCCGAUCUGGCCAUCCGCCUCUAUGCGCAGGAUAUGACGUUCGAGCCGCCCAUCCUGACCUUUGCGGGGUCGAACGAGGCGAGUUUCACCAUGUGGACCAAGACGCUCGGGCCAAAGCAGGUGGUGUUCGUUCGCGCGGGUCGAAAUGCCCGCUUCUACGGGGGAACGGAGGUCGAUGUUGCGGACACGAGCGAUUCGCCGCUGCCGCGGAGCUUCAAUGUCACCGUUGAGCGCGCGUUUAUGAAGCACAGCUUUACGCUUUCUUCCCCCGCCUCCUGGGCGGGUGGGAGCGAAGAACGGUUCAUGUUUAGCUUCGAGAGCGGGGACAAGGCGGAGAGCUGGGUUCAGGCGAUCCGGGGCCAGGUGGAGGCGUGUAUCAAGCAAAAAGCGAUGCGGGGUCCAGUGGGGAGGGCGACGGAGAUGGCGAGUCUGCAGGUGCUACGAGACACACUUGUGGCGACGGAAGAGGGUGGGCAGCAGACGGGAUUGACGCGGGCGAUGACGGUGGGUCGGGGUGCAGUGCCUGCGAGUGCUUCGUUGCGCGCACCAGCGAUGCUGGAUCGUGCGGCGUCGACGUCGCGCCACUACUAUGCGCCGUCUGGCGUUGGCAGGCAUGAGAGGGAGCUGCUCAUUCCGCCUUCCACGUCGUCGGCAAACACGAGUAACGCUAGUGCGGGCGAGACACGGUCGCAUACCAAAGGCUCCGCUUCGCUCUCGCUCUACCCGCCCUCGACGGCGGUGACGAGGCUGGGCGUGGCCAACGCCAGCGGCAUGGCGAGGAGCAACUCGGCGCGCUCGGCCAGCAGCCCGCAUUCUCCACUCUCGCCUUUGCCCCCGAUGGGCGGUGCGUCCGCAGAGACUGCCAGUAUUGGAGAGUCGAGCGUGAGCGGAGGGAGGACGGGCGCGGGAGAUGGCGACAAGACGCUGCAGGGCACCCAAAUCGUCAGCAUCGCCCGACUCAACUCGCUGCUCGUGCGCGUUGUGGCUCAUCAUCAGGCACAGCAGGCGCAGCAGCAGCAAAUCUAG